GUACAGCCGCCAUUGUGAUGGCAAAGAGGACAAGAUCAAGCGGCGACGGCGGCGGCGAGGACGAGGCGGAGGAGAAUGGACAAAGGAGCUGCGAUGAGCCCUUGACCUUCCUUCCUUCUCUCCCCACAAUCACCUUUCCCAUGCUCCCUCCCUGAUCGAGUCUCCACCCCUAUCGCCGCUCGCCAUGACCGGCAUCUCCCCAUCCCAAGCAUCACCCGAGUCCCCGGUCCUCCCUUCGCCUGCUCAAACUCACAUGCCCACCGUCACACCUCCUCGCCUCACGCGCUCAGAGCGUACAGCUCUCGGUCUCCCUCCCCGCCCAUCCCGCAUCGAGCAGUUAGCCCAGGCCAACCCCUCUGACGAGACGGACGAUGCCACGCUUAGCGAGCAUUUCUCCUCGCCUUCAUCGACCACGGACAGCUCGAUGCCUCAGUCCCCCGACCUGGCUAGGAACGUCGGUCCCCAGUUUGCACUGUCCAAGACGUGGGCUGAUAUGACGGAAGAAGAUUUGGCCUUACAAGGACCUGUGCCCCUGCCUAGCCCGACGUUCGAAGAUGAGACGGGCAAUGACCACCUCACCUCUCCCGACCAGCCUCCUCGGGCGUCUACUACGAAGCUGCGAUCCACCACCAUCUCCACAGCCCCCUCGCCCAUCGACGGAGCUUGUGCACAGCGUCGCACCUUCACCCGCUCAUCGUCCGAGCCGCAAGCAGUCUUGUCUCAAGAGCACCUCGUGCAGUCACUCAACGCAGCUUGGGACGAAGACAAGAGUCCAUCGCACUCUGGCCCCACUCCUGAACCCAAGUCGCCAUUGAGCCAGGUCUGCGCACCUGGGGAGGCAGACUCAGCGCCCAUAUCGCCUAUCACCAACACCGAGGCCGCACCUGUCGCUGCAUCCACACAGACUUCCAAGGCGCCGGCCAUCUCGCAAGCCCCGAUCUCAGACUGGGACUCUCCGCCUCCUCCUCCUGCAGCACCAGCACCGCAAUGGCGCCCUCCUCCCAUUCUGAGCCGUAAUGCGUACCUUGCUCGUCCACAGCGAGGACGAGGUGCUGGUCGCACUCGCGGUCGAGGAGUGGGCAUUGCCUUUCCAUUCGGUGAGCGACCAACCUAUGCAGCCCCUGCUGCAGCUACGGCUGCGGCUGAACCCGCUCGCGGGCCCCAUGGCUGGCACACGGGAAACAAAGAGCAUGCAUCCCUCCAGACCACUGCUUCGAAGAGACCCUUCAACGAUUGGGAUGAGUCGCACUUCCCUCCGCUGCCAGGCAGUGCGGCAAGAAAAUCGAUCGCACUGGAGUCGACCUCCAAGCCAGAGAUGACUACGGCCAAGGAGACGCAGGCCACGCCUCGAGAGCAGCCUGUUCCAGCGGCUCCCGCUCUCCCGCCACCUACUUGCGAAUGGGAUGCGGACCCAACUACUCCAGACCCAACUCACAUGCGCAACGAGCGCGGCGAGUGGAUGGGUCGUGGACGAGGGAGAUGGGGUGGUGCUGGCUGGCCUGCCGCUCCGCGUCGCACUACUACAGCAUCCUCACGCCGUGCUUUUCCAUCGCCAGUCCACUCGGCCUCGUUUCUUCAGCCAGCCCGCAAGCCAGACUCGUGGGAUGAUGAGGGUGAACAGACGACAGGGCCGCAGCAGCAAGCCGCAUUGGCGAUGAACGGCGUUUGCGAUCAGGCCGACGGUAGCUGGGACGACCCUGUUGCGACGGCUACUGCCACUACUCAACAGCUCACUACUGAAGUCCCUGCUCUGAUCCCUCACCGAGCGGCUACAGCGGCGCACACUGCAGCUGCACCGACUGUCCGCCUUGCGGAUACUACUCUUCUGCCUCCUCCUGGGCUUCCCAGCAAGCAAAAGAGCCCCACACCAGCCCUGCAGUCCACUAAUCCCAAGCUUGCCACCAUGCAAAUUCCCAUACCCGCGACCAAUCGCCCGCAUUUCCCUUGGCAGUCCCCCUUCUCGCACGCCGUCGACACUAUAGCUGGGAGCAAGGUCUCGCUGAAGGGCAUCGCAAAGGGUGACCAAGGCGUCCUCAUCGGGGAUAAGACAGCCCAGCAAUACCUCUCUCCGAGGCCGAGCAGCGCCUCUCCUGCUUUGCAAUUCGGAAGUCUCAAGCUGGAGCUGGCUGACGAUGUCGAUGCAGCCGAACAGAGGGGCAAGCGAGUCAGUGUGAGCAUUCAGACCGACCUUCACCAGUCGUGCACCGUCUCGAACGGCGUCUUACGUCCCGGGACCCCUCGGGCGAACGGCGCCCCACCCGCAAUCUACGUGCAAGUCUCAGAGCUACAUCGCUCCCUUCCUUCUGGCCUUGCGAUCGACGCAGGCAACCGCGUCUACGAUGUCAGAGGAAAUCCGACGCUCGGAGAUUGGGUCGUGCCCGCUCCACUAGGAUUUAGGCCUGCGCCUCCGAUGGCAGUGGUAAAUGGUUGGGAGCAUGGAAAGGGCGAGAAGGCUGGGCCAUCCAGUGCUCCAGCUGCGGACGUCUUUGAUCCUACGACGAACGCGACUGCCUCAUCCGCUAUGACCAAGCAGCCCUUUAGCCAAGCCGUCCCACUUCCAGGCCGGCCUUCUCAGCGAUUGAGCUCUCUUCAGCCAGACGCUCAAGCAGUCGCGCUAGCGACAGCUGCGCAUCAGGUCAUGACGGCUCAGAUGCAAGCUCAACCCGUUACUCAGGCAAGACCUCUCCUCGCGCACGAGGUACCAACGCAACAGCAUCAAAAUGACGAAUCAGGCUUGGCUCCGCCAAUCAUGCUCAAGUCUCAGCCUACAGCAGGUGGCACCGCAACUUCGGUGCACUCGGCCUGGCCUCCCGGCGAAGGACCCGACAGCGCAAAUGGCAUCGGCGUAAACAACAUGUCAUCCAAGCCUGCCCAGCAGCAGACUCACUUCAUCGGCCAGGACAAUGGAUACCUCAUCCCUCGAAGCGAUCAAGCGCAAGACUGGGCCACCCACUCCGUAUCGACCCCAACCCUCUCUCCCGGUCGGGGCGGUCUACAGCAUCACAUACCGCGACGCGGCGCGCCUCUCUACCCUCCUAUUUCGAUGAGGGGUGAAAGACCUCGACCUCCCGCCUGGACUGGGCCGCGCCAGGGGCAAGGCAUCACCGAGUCGACGGACGAAGUCACCUACUGGGCACCUUCAGCGCAGUACAACGUUUCUGCUCCUCAGCAAAUAAGCCAAUCCAGCGGAUCCUGGAGGGCAGGAGCCAGUCCUAGGCGCGGGCGCGGGGGAAACGUGACGAGCCCCACCUUCCAUCAUCAACAGGCUCACGUACCGUCUUCGAUGCCAUCCCCAGUCGCCGUCACCUCGGCCUGGACUCCGCCGACCGCUCCCGCUGCCUGGAUCCAGCAUCAGCAACAGGGCGUGAUGGCCGCAGGGCCGCAGCACCCCUUCUUUCACCAGCACUACCACAAUCAGUUUCAGCCUUCUCAGCACAGAGGCUUCGCUGCGGGCUAUCAGCCGCAGCAGCCGCAGCAGCAGUUGAGGGAGUCAGGGGCAGACACGGAGUCAGACGGAGGAGUAGGAGGGCAAGGUGGGGAGACUUGGACGUAAGGUCGACUCUUAAGAAGUAUCGAGCCGCUCAGCACGGAGGAAACGAGGCGAAGAGACAUCAUCGCUUCACUCGACGAAUAGCGAGCGAGCACGAACAGCACAGCGCAGCGCAUGAUGAGGCUGUGCAGCAAGAGGAGAUCACCAGCUGUCAAGCAGUGAAUCGGCUCUUUGCCUCCAAAAGCAGACCAUCAUUGCCUUCCCUCUCUACUCCUUCCCUCCAGCCAUCAUUUCCCCCUUGUCUUCAACUCGUCGUCAUCUGUUCAUCAUCAUCUUCCACAAAAAGGCAUAAAAGCAAAUAGAUACCACCUCACCUCAUCGCCCUUGCACGAGUUGGAGGGAAACGGUGCUCUGCGUGACCGGCUCAGCAUGAGAUAGGAAGAGUGCAUGGUAUUGAGCAAUAAGUUG